GGUUUCAAAAAAGCCAGAACUGGGUUGAGAUGAUUUGAGCAGGUGCGAUGUUGUCAUGCUCAGGCUAGUCGCUCGUUGUUGCCCGAAUUCUUCCAUACUCUUUGUUUAUAACAUACUCUACUCCUCUAGUAUAUCUUCGUGCGCUGGAGAUGAAUUUAUGCACUGUUGCUGCCUACCGACAAGAAUGCUCGGGGCAGCUCUAUUAGUUCUACUGCUAGUCCUUGUUGCGCCCACAGGCCUACUAGGCGGUCGGCUGCCGCGCCCUGUCCUCGCGCAUGCGCACAAGCGUCCGGCGCUGGUUGUGCGUCCCGGCCCCUCCCCACGGGCCACUAGCAGUAGGCUUCAGCCUCCUCCAAGGAGCUCUCGGGAUCGGCAGCCGCCGCCUGCCGCGGACCCGCUCAAACAUGAGCCCGCUGUGAGCAGCCCGCCACCAGCCACGCCGCCCGCGCCGCCCGAUGCGCCACAGCCGCCAUCGGCACCAGUAGCUAACCCCCCGCCUGUGCCACCGCCACCUCGGGUGCCGCCGCCUCCGCGGGCGUCGCCGCGGCCAGGGGCGUCUGGGAUUACACGGCGCGCUCCGCCGCUGCCGCCGUUCCCGCCGAACGCUCCCGAUGCGCCCCUACCGCCAUCCGCUGGCCUGCUGACGUUCGACGUUCCGGAGCCGCAGGGGUGCUACGCCUUUGUGUGCGAUGGGCCCCGGGGCUGCUCCGCCGUCGACACGCACGGCGCCCGCUUCGGCCUGACGCUGCUGUUCGACCUGAACGGAUUCGACCCGGUGUCCUGUGUGUCGGGCGGCUCCAGCUCGUACCGCUACGUGGCCAUUCUGGCGGACAGCGGGUGCUAUGGCCUGGAGCUGGGUGUGGGCGGCGCGCCCAGCGUCCUGCCGCCCAGCGACGCCGGCACGUGCCUGCCCUGCCAGGGGCCGUACGACAACGCCAAGUACAGCUGGGAGGGGCUGUACUGCGGCAGCGAUGCAGCCGUUACGGUGUACGACGCUUCGGGCUUCCCGGCGCCCGACAUGGCGCCGCCGCCCGGGGGCGCCGUGGUGUUUGGCGGGUAGCGAGCGGGGCUCGGCGCUGGGGCCUGGGGGGGGGCAGCAUUCCUGCUCGAGGCCGGCAUGUGCUCAUGAUGCGCAUGUGGGUUGGUGUGGUACUGGGCUUGCUGCCGUCGGAAGCGCCGUGAGCGCAGCGCCCAGAGUGCCGCUGGCGGAGCGGCGCCGCACCGAUGGGUGCCACCCAGAGUCAGGCCGUGGAGCGACGAGAGCGUGGAGUGCGCUCGUGUUCGAAUCUCUGGUUCUGCGCACGUGCGCGCGUGUUUGUUAACAUGGCAUCAUGCACGUUGCCGCUGCCGCAUCCUGCAUUGCAUGUGCGCAUUCAGACGAUGCGCGUCGGGGUUUGGAGAUAUGAUAGCAUGUAUAUGGGAAGUAACACGGACACACGGUGAAUGGUUGUCUUGUUCGGUCAUCGUCACCAGUCACCCGCAUCGUCAUCACAUGGCCGCGCGUGGGGGGCACGGUAUCGAGCGCUGCAUGCAGCCGAGGUGCUGGGACCGCCACGCAAUGCAUACUUGCCGGUUGUAAUAGUGCACAAGGAAAGGAAUAGCGCGAGACAGUUGCUGGGCGUGCGUGUGGUGGGUUUGGAAUAUGGGGGUAGGAGUGGUUGAAAUAGGAAGUUGCAAUGUCACACAAACACAGAUGCACGGCCGGGGGAUGUGGGCAAACGUUUGCCAGACAGCUCGAGCUUUAUGUGGCUGUUGCGUGGGGGCGCCUUCGGCAGUUUUCUGAGCUCCCUCCUGCCGGUACUGGACAGGAUGUACGGUGCCGGAAAAGGAGCUCGGUGCACUGGAAUAGGAACGUAGAAUGGAACGUAGAACGCUGCAUGGGUUUGGCGCUGCAUUGCCGGUCUGUGUCCGAUGGAGCCCUGCGCGGUUUCGCCCGUGGGUCCGCACGGGGUCCACUGACCCGACAUGCACAUCGUCCGUGUUUUGGCACCUGGUAGGCGCCCAUGCGGUGUGCACACGGGCACAGGAUAUGCGCUAUGCAGUAGGCGAUAUGCCGUAGGUAGGACUAUGUGUAAUUUAGCACAGGAGUAGCUGUUGCUAACAUUUAUCCAUUCGCUUGUAUGUAUGCAUGACAGUGGCUGGGGUGGACCAGUCGUCGCGGCAGCAGUACAAAAACCCGUGCAGGAGUGUGGGGCAGGUGUGACGGCGCCUGCAGCUCCCGUACGGCAUGUGCAAUAGAGUUGCACGUUGUAACUGCCACGUGUUAA